AUCGUCUCGGACAUGAAUGGAAUACCUAAUGUGAUCAAGAUCAUUGAGAUGGAUUUUGCCUAACGUAUUAGUAAUAUUGUCAGACUCCCCCCACACUGUAUGUAGAGUGUACACUCUCACCUUCACACAUAUGUAUGCACAUAUUAUUACAUCUUCAUAUACUGUUUGGUGGCUACUUCUAUUCAUUUAUCACGAAGGUGAGCAAACAGUACCAGAGAAAAUGCACGAUUAGAGGAAUUCACAGGACAAUUAACUAUAAACAAAUGGUGUAUUUGGUUGAGGAGUUCUAUCAUCAUAAUUUUAAUAAAUGUAUAUUGAAGUUAGACACAUGGUAUACAUGUAUAACAACUACAAACACAAAUGACACUUCAAAUGUAUACUUCUAGCUUACAAUCGUACAUACUAGAAUACAUAAAGUAGAUGUCAACAUAAGAAAAUAAAUUCCAACCAAUAUAGAUAGAUGAUUUACCCCCUUCCAAAAAAUACAGUAUACGUAUAUAUUUUUUUUUAAAUCUUUGCCGUCCGAUUUGUACCCACACACCAAAUAAUCGUAAAUCAACAUUUUAUAUGCGAAGUGUUCUAAAUAAAUGUACAUUCUGUAUGAAAAAAUGCACAAUUUUAAAUGAAGUUUACAAAUUAUACACAAAACAGAUAUUUCCAUUAUUUUAUAUUUCCAUUUGGCUGCUGCUCGCAGGUGGGAGAGCCGUCUCCCUGUACGGUAGUAGUUUCCAUAACAGCAAAUUAUGCUUCCGUUCAUUUUUCUUGAUCUCGUUAACAUGCAUUUUGAUUAAUGAGUUUCCCUUAUUUAGUCGUUGAGACAGGAAGUGAUGUACGUGACCUGUGACAAUUAAGUUUUUUUUAACGAGAAAUGCGUUCAUUAAAAGCUGAAUGCAUUUCAGAUGGGUUAGAUUGGGAGUGCGCCACGUCCCGAGCAUCUAAUCGACUCAAUUUCAAAGCAUUAACGGAUUGAUGUUAACACAUUUAGUUUGAAAAUCACUUGCUACUUAAGCUCUUGUUACUAUACCCCAAGUCUGAUACAAUAACACUGUUUUUUGAAAAUCCUGCCCAAUAUGUUUUACUGUUUCUAGUUCAUCGUCGAAAUCAUUGCUGACAAAUGUUCAGUCUGCAGAUGCAAAGAUGUUUAAAGGAUACUUUGUGACAAAAAAAUAAAAUAAAUACAAGAUGUAUUAUAUUGGGGUGUCCGCUGGGGCUGUAAGGAUAGAGCAGAGGAAGCAGAAACGAGCAGUUAGUAAGACAGUAUGACGGAUGACGCUCGGCCAAGGACAGAGUGGCGAGUCUGUGCUUGAAACUAGGAUAAAAAUAGAUCCCGACCGAUGAGCUCUCCUUUGUGCGAGGACAGAGCUUGGUUGGAGGUCACGUUCCUGAGGAUCUGAAAACAUAUAAAAUGGCUCUGCUCGGCAGUGGCGCCUCUUGGGGCGAUAGGAAUAGUCCAACAGCUUAGGACUGAAAGGAGAGAUAGUAAAGGGUUCCCUGACUGGUCUGGUGCUGCUCACAUAUGAGGUGAGGCAUAGGCCUCUGAAGCUGGGCGCGGGAAGGCAUCCCGCAGGGAACCUGCAACAGAGAGAGAUGGGUUAGUCUGGGACUUGGCCAUGUCCCAAGUGAAGGAAGGACAGUGCCUCAUGUGGCGAGGUAGAAUAGGUGCAUGACCUGCGCAAGGAUAGUGUGGCCGGGGGUCCCCUCUGACUCUCUCUGUGAGAACCCCCUCUAGUGCGAGGAUGAGGUAGCUUGGCUGACCUGAGGUCGGGGGAGUGGAUCCACACUUACCCCCCCGAGAGGAGACCAAGGCAAAGCACGAGAAAGAGAGAGGAAAAGGAGAAAGCAAAACACUAGACGGAGGAGUGUGAGAUUGGGGGUUUAAAUAGGAGGUUAAUGUUGAUAGGCAUUAGUUAAUUAAACUGCCCAGCUACCACCUCCUGAAUUUCACACCAAGGCUUACAUUUGUAAUAAACUGUUACAAUUGUCAACGCCUUUAGUAACUUGUUUGUGGAUAUUUUUAAAAAUGCAUCCGGGGAAGUGUGUGUUAUUGGCCUGCUGUUUUUUGCCAUGUUUUUAAUUCAAUUUUCACAAAUUAUUAUUAUUUAUUAUUAUUAUUAUUAUUAUUAUUAUUAUUAUUUAGUCAUUUAGCAGACGCUUUUAUCCAAAGCGACUUCCAGAGAUUAGGGGGUGAACUAUGCAUCAACAACUGCUGCUGCAGAGUCACUUACAAUAGGACCUCAGUUUUACAUCUAAUUUAACAACAAGCAUGACUGAAAGUUAACCGACUGACAUUUGCAGUGCUGGUAUUUAUCCCAAAAUAGAUGUCCUGCAUGUGACACCUCACUGUCCAGAUCAAAAUUCCAAUACAAGACAGCUGCUUCUAAAAAUACACAUAGCAGUCUGGACAAUCUAAGCAAAUAACAGAGCUGCACUCUCUACAUGUGUAAAAAAAGAUUAUCAUUUAAGAAAAAUGAAGAGCCUAAAGUUUAUCGCUGCCGAGAGUUUCGUGUUAGAUACCAUAAACGCCAAGAAGAAUUUGAUCUAUAUUUCUCAAAAUCUUUAUCCACUUCUUUUUAAAGCAAGUUAUUUGCAGGAACAGUCUGAAUUGAUUCAUGACAUAAUUCAAAACUGGCCUUUAGCUGAGUUAAACCUUAACAAACUCUUGGGGGCAACAGUGGAUUGUGAAGAUGAUUUAACAAAAAGGACUUGCUAUUGCUGCAUGCAAGCCUUUUUAAAUGGGCUGAAAGCUCAUGUUCUCAGCUGCUCCACAACAUACACAAAGAAGCUCAAACUGGUGGACCUCACGGGAAUAAAGGAUGUUGAAUUCCAGCUCUGCAAGUGCAACAAAUCUUUAGGGAAGUGGGCUAGAACCGAGCUGGUAGCCAGAAUCUGUUACGAUGUACUAGUAGCGAUGCAGUCUGAGACCAUUAACCCAGCAGUGUUUGAUAUUUCAAUUAAUGUUCUGAUGGAUGUGUUUGUUACCAAUCGGAGUUAUGAGACGGUUGUCCCAGCCUUGCUAAUGAGAUGCCACUGUCCUCUGAAGAUAAGAUGCGUAAAGUUCAGGGUCGACAACCUAGCUUUGAAAAGCCUCUUUUACAUCAUUAAGCUUGUCGAGCCUGGUUCUCUGAAGAAGCUGGAGAUGGUUCACAAUGUUCGACUGGAAAUGAUGCAUUUGGAGGUGCUCCUAACGCAUGUUUCAUUCCCUGAGCUGAGAUCACUGAUCCUUCCGGCCAAGGCAUUUGAUGUACGCAGACUUGCACCUGAAGAUGAGGCAGUCUUAUCGCACAUUGGAGAACUGCUGAGUAAGCUGACACGGCUGAAUGAACUGAGCCUAGCUUUCUCAACUCUCACUGGGAGGAUUCGAAAGCUGCUAAGUCCCUUAACUACUCCACUGCAAGUACUUGAGAUUGCAAACUGUUCAUUGAACCAUGCAGAUAUGGCGUACCUGGCGAACAGUCUUCAUGCAGAGUACCUCCAAAGACUGGACCUCAGCGGCCACGAUGUUGCAGACCUAUUCCCAUCAAUGUUUUUCAAACUUCUCAGCCGCGCUUCUCGCACGUUGAAGAGCCUGACUCUGGAGGAAUGCAAUAUUGGAGACAACCAUGUCAACAUGAUGAUCCUGGGUUUGGUACCAUGCAGGAAGCUGAGCGAAUUCAAGUUUCUAGGCAACCCUCUUGGCUCUCAAGCACUUAAAGGCCUUUUCAGUGUGUUUGUUGACUUUCCUCACCUAAAGUAUAUUGAGUUCCCAGUUUCCAGAGACUGCUACCCUGAUAAUAUUACCUACCCACUGGAUGAUGCAUGCCUUGUCAAUUAUGACAACAGUAAAUUUCAGAGACUAAGGGAGGAGCUUUUAUCCAUUUUGCACCAAGCAAACCGUGAUGAUAUUGUGGCCCGCACACCUCUGUUUGGGAGCUAUGACUCAGAAAUUCAGGAAACAAGAAAUGAACUGGGUGUUUUUAUGCUUCAGUCAUUUAGAGAUGCACUCUCCAGCUUUGUGGACAGUGGUGCAAAAUAGACCACUGUAUGAAGUAUUGGUUUGAUAGAGACAGAUAAAACUUACACUUACAUUUCUGAAAAGAUAAGGAGGCUUAUGAUAUCAGACUCACCAGCAGCACAGAGGAAUCUUUUAAAGUAAAAAAAGAGCAACUUACAUUCUUAUCGACAUAAAGCUGCAUGAAAAAGUUAAUGCACAAUGCCAUUGACUUUCAUUAUAUUUCUUUUACUGUGACUACUGUCAAUAAAAAUGUACAUGCUAGAUGGCUCUGUUGUACUGUAAGUCUCUCUGAAGCUCAAGGCAGUUGUUUGACUAAUUGCUGACAUUUUCUGGGAACACACAUGGACUAUAAUAAUACAUAUAAUAUAUACUAGAGGUAAACAUGCAUCUAAAAGAAAAUGAUAUGUAAGUUUAUAAUGUAGGUGUGUAAGUUAAUGUAUGAAUGUAUUUGUAAACAGGUUUAAGGUGUAUGCCACUUCAUUGUGAAGUUCACUUAAAAAUGAAGUAGUUUCCAGAAAGAGUUAUACAGAGUAUAUUACAGUAUAGGUAUAUUAUUAUAAUGUAUAAUCAUUUUUAACAAGUCAUAUCCUAUCAAACAUUAUUAUUACUAUGUAUUCAUUGCUAUUACUAGUUUUAAUAUUAAAUAAUACAAAUAAUUAUUUGCUUGUACUGAAACAUAUUUUGUAAUUAUUACUCCCUUUAUUGGCAUAAUAAAAAUAAGCAUUUUGUAAAUACCUUGCUCAGUAUGUAUGUAUUUGGAAAUUAUUUUAAAUUGUUAGUGCUCUUCAUCUAGCACAUUUGUUAUAUAAAGUAUGUUUUGGGCACUGUAUUUCAAAUCUGAAA